CGGGCGGGGCAGCGCCCGGAGCCCAGUCCGGCGGUGGCCCCGGAGCGGGAGCGGUACCUCCCAAGGCAGGGUAAGCAGGAGCCGGGCUCGCUCCGACAGCGGGUGUCUAGUCACCUACCCAGACUCCUCCCCUCUCUCGGAGCCAGGGCCGCGCUCCCCGCUGAGCGGCCCCCCUCCGCAAUGUGCCCGGCCGGCCGAGGAGCCAUGAGUCCCUCCAGCAACUCCGGAGUGACCGUGCGAGCCGCCUGCCCUCCCCUCGCGCCGCGUCUCCUGCUCUGGUCACCCGCGCUGAUUAAUUAAUCAUGAUGGGGCUGCUGCUGUUCCUGCAUUUAUCUGGAGCGGACGGGGCCACCGGCUCCAGCCGCAGCACUGUGGGGUGAAGCGACUGCGCGCCUGCCCCCCGCUCCCUCCAGCAUCUGCUCCAGCUCCCAGCCCGGCAUACCCUGACGCCGAGGAAGCGUCGCUCUCUAUGGCUCCGGAGGAGAUGCUUCAGAAAGUUGUUUGCUCGCCCCCAGUUCUGUCAACCAGCUCCUCAAGAGGGGAAUCGCCUAUUAUUGAACUAAUUUUUUGAACUAAUUAUUCUCCACAUGGCCUUCCUCCUGGUGUCAGCUUAUCUUUUGCUGACUCACACUCAGGGUGCUCCUGUUGAGAAUGGGGCACUGCUGGAGACGCUGAAGUCGCAAGUAGGAUUUUUCAGUAAUAAAAGUGAACACUAUUCUGCACAGGUGAGACCUCCUGGCACAAACCGACGAAUACCUCAGACGAUCAUUAUAGGAGUUCGCAAAGGAGGGACCAGGGCCUUAUUGGAAAUGUUGGAUAUUCAUCCUAAUAUUGUGGUAGCAACUACAGAAGUCCACUUCUUUGACUGGGAUGAAAAUUAUGUUAAAGGAAUAGACUGGUAUAGGCGUCUGAUGCCAUUUUCUUAUGAAAAUCAAAUUACUAUUGAGAAAACACCAGGCUAUUUUACCUCACCACAGGCUCCAGAAAGAAUUCAUGACAUGAAUAGCUCUAUUAAACUGCUGCUCAUUCUAAGAGACCCCACUGAGAGAGUAAUAUCUGAUUAUACCCAAGUAUAUUACAACAGACUAGAAAGUCACAAGCGUGUUCAGCCCUUUGAAGAAAUUGUUAUUAAAAAUGGUGCACUUAAUACCAAAUACAAAGCUAUUCAGAGGAGUCUCUAUGAUAUCCAUAUGGAAAAGUGGCUUAAGCAUUUCAACUUAGAUCAGAUUCACAUAGUGGAUGGCAAUACUUUAAUCAAGGACCCUCUUCCUGAGUUACAAAAAGUGGAAACAUUUCUUAAUCUUCCUUCCAGAAUUAUGUCUUCAAAUUUUUAUUUUAACCAAACCAAGGGGUUCUAUUGCAUUAGAAGUGAUGGAAGAGAGAGAUGUUUACAUGAAUCCAAAGGGCGCCCCCACCCUGUUGUCAACAACACUGUUUUAGAGCAACUUUACUCCUACUUCAGAGAGCACAAUGCAAAAUUUUACAGAAUGGUUAAUCAUUCGUUUGACUGGCAUUAAUACAUUUGGAAUAAAUGUUUCUUAAAAUGUCCUGAAAUAAACUAUUUUCAAAAUUACCUUUGUAAGCUCUCUGGGGUAGUUCAGACUGAAAACUUCAGAAGUUGUUAUACUGAAAACAUAGCCUUCAUUGGAGAUAGUUGUCCAUUAGCAGCACCCUUUAAACAUGGGAGAAAUAAGUUUGAUAUAUUUGUGUAUAACUACUGUGGGCCAGAAUUUGAUCUCAGUUUCACUGCUGCAAAUCCAUUAAUUUCAGUGGAGUAACUUCAGAUUUACACCUGUAUGACUGAGAUCAGAGUUGAGGCUCUUUGGAAAAAUGAGACUGCUUUAAGCAGUGUACAAAAUGUAGAUAGUUGAAAUGGUAUCAUUCUAACUGUUCUGUAAUUUUUGUUGGUAGUAUUUUUUAUAUCAUGUGCCAUGAUAAUGACAUUGAUUUCUAGAACUUUCAUACAGUAGAAUAAUGACAUAUGUUAAUACAGGGGACUCCAAAAGUGCUUCCUUUAAACAAUUUAAAAUCUGUGAAAGUAGCUAUUAUUGUAAAGUACUUCCUACUUAAAUAACUAACAUAUAAUAAAGGGGUUCCAGUCCAACUAUGGUUUUGAAUACCUACCAGCUUGCUCUAUGUUGAAGCUCCUUCUAUAUAGAACGUUAGUAUUAAACAACACACUUAUUGGUGCAAAAUCUUCAAACUGGUGGAGAAAAUUAACUAUUUGGAGAAACUUAAAAUUUUGGGGCUCAGGAUGCAAACAGACAAGGAUCCAAAACACCCUUGGUUUACAUAGCAAUAUUGAUCUGUUUAAUAAAAAGUAAAUCUGUAAACAAAGUCAUUAGAUAUCAGCAAUUGUACAAAUGUUUAUUUAAUUACAUAAGUUGUCACUUUCCUCUGGAAUGGAAAAUAAUUUUUCAUCAAUACUACCUUAUUGUUUGUAUUUCUGUGACUAAUUGUUCUAUUGCUCUCUUAGAUUUAGUUUACGUAUCUAAUUUGACACAUUGUUUACUGAAAAAAUAUUACUUGCCUGCUCUCCAAAGCAUGGAAUAACUUUUUUUUGUAAUUUCUAUUUGCAAAUCAUGAGAUGUACUCAGAGUUGAAAGUAAUUUCAUGUAACAUGUAUAUAAUAUGUAUAUCAGUCACAAGUUAUCAGAUUCAAGCUAUCAAAUAUGAUUUACUCAGAUUUUCUA